UCACCAAAAGCGACCCGUUUGGAAAUUUUCCAUUUUCCCUUCUGGACUAGUAUAUGUAUGUACUAUAAAUAGUGUUCUUAAGUUCCUAGCCUAGCUACUAGUAAGUUUCAAUUACUUCUUGUUAUAAUUAACAGACAAUGGCGUCGAGAAGUAACGGAGUUGUGUUCGAAGAUUUCUUCCCAACAAUGGUGGAGAAGUUAGGCACAGAAGGGUUCAUGAAGGAGUUGAGCAAUGGGUUCAGCUUGUUAAUGGAUGGGGAGAAAGGUGUCAUCACAUUCGAGAGCUUGAAGAGGAACUCUGCAUUUCUGGGUUUGCAGGGGAUGAGUGACGAAGACUUGAGGUGCAUGCUGAGGGAAGGCGAUUUGGAUGGGGAUGGGUGCUUGAAUGAGAUGGAGUUUUCUACUCUUAUGUUUAGGUUAAGUCCCGAGUUGAUGCAGAAUUCUAAAGAAUUGUUGGAGGAAGCUCUAACAUUGUAAGAGAGCAGAGCAGUCAUCAAAUGUACUCAAUUAAUUGCUAUGCAAGUUUAUUUUCUCUUUUUAUUCCCUCGCCGGGAGGCUAUGUUGUACUAUCUCUAUCUGUAAUUUUGUGAUUUAUCAACGAAACUACGUACUUUUGUUCA